AUGGAGGAUGAACCUAGUCAUGAUGAGUAAGUAUAAACUUUUGAAUAUAAGUAUGUUCGUGAAUUGUGAUUUGUUUGCUAAAAUAUUACGGCAUAAUUUGCUUAUUUAGAAUUGUAGAUGUUACUGGCAUUUCAAGUCUCAAUAUGAGCACAGUUGAAAGUGUGUCUGUUACACUCAAUCCUGAAUUUGGAGUGUAUGCUGGGGAUAUUUCAGCAGAUAGUUUGAGUGAAGAUUCAGAGUAUGAUGAAAUAAGGUAAAUUAAAUGCAUAUGCAUUGAUCAGGUUAACUAAAAAGGUGUUUGUGAGGCGCUUUUGGAAACUGUUUUGUGCCCCUAGAUUUUUAGCUUUUGUGCCCCCAGAUCUAGUGAAAACCUUCCCAACCCUUCUAUCUGGCCCUGAAUAAAAAUUCUCGUGGGUAGCAAAGUAAAUGGGGAUCAGAUGUUCCAAAUAUGCCUGACCUCCCUCUCUGGAUUAAUAUUUAUAUAGUUCUGUCUCAAGUGAAACGUCAACAAUGGAAGUUCCAAGAAAUGUUGACUUGAUUACUGAUAUGGAUGAGUUGUAAGUUCUUUUAGCUGUUAUUGAAUAAAAGCUACUUCACAAUGGCAUUUGUAUAAUUAAAAUUAUUGCAAGACAAAUUGCAACAAGCAUUGCCUUUGAAACUGAAUUUUACUUUUGGUAAUAAAGUAAAUCUGGAUCUAAUACUAUGGCAUUUUGAAAAUAUUGACAAUAAUGAGUGAACAGUAUCAAGUAUUAUUGUUCAUUAUACUGUGUUCUUGUUUUUUCAUUGGCUACAAGUAAUUUUAGGUAUUUGUCGGUGCCCAUGCUAUUUUCAGCGGAAACAGUAAACUGUAUAGGUUAUUCUACCGAAGAGAUAUUUCAGUGGUGCUUUGUUCAAAACUACAAAAUUGACAGGAAAAUUUAUGAAAAGUCAAUGAAUUUUUAUUUGUUUUUAAUUUUUGUCUCUUUUAUUUGUUACUGUCAUAGAAUGAAUGAUAAAACAAUUAUUCAGCUUACACAGGAUAUCCAGAAUCAUUCAGACCUCAGUCAUUGGUUGGUCGCAUCUGGCUUUGGCAGAUACAUUGACCCUUGGUCUGAAUAAUUCUGGAUAUCCUGCUCAACCUCAUUCAAGAAUUGAUCUGAUAAUAAUUUUGACAUCUGAUUUUGUUUCCAGUGAUUCACAAUCUGAAUAUGACGAUGAACGUACAUUAAGUGGUUCUGAGGGUUCAUCAUCCACAAAAGGUGAAGAAGAUAUGGAAAUCAGCUACGGAGAUGAUUGUGGUAGCAUCGAAGUUGUGAUAGAGCAGCAAUAUGGCCCAGAAACAAGAGAGGAAUGGAAAAAGAGGCUGCAAUCAAAGUUAAAAGAAAAAUUUGAAUCAAUGAACGGCCAGAGUGAUGAACACCAAAAGCAUUUCAGCCAGGAUCGGGUUGUUGUUGAUAUUAUUUUGAACAUGUUUCAAAAUUGUCAGAUCAAAACAUGUAUGGCCAAGGGUGAAGUUAAAGGUUGGCACAUCAAAGGUGGUGUAUUGCAUGUUAUGUGGACAUGUGAAAAUGGUCAUGCGGAUGACUGGACAUUGUCGAAGGUAUUAUGUGAGAAGAGGGGGCAGAAGGUGUUUACAAACACCUUGCUUAUGGCUGCAUCUAUUUUAAUUACCGGCAACAAUUUUGAAAAGGUGAGGACACUGUUCACAUUUCUUGGAACUGGUUUUUUGUCUGCAUCAACAUUCCACAGAAUCCAAAGGAACUACGUUGUGCCUGAAGUGUCAUCCCUCUGGGAAGAAAUGAAGAAGGAAGUUUGGGCUGUACUAAACAAUGAGACUUUAAUCUUGUGUGGAGAUGGCAGAAGUGAUUCUCCUGGAUUCUCUGCCAAAUAUG